AUGCAGUGGAAGUCUUUCUUUUUUAUCUCCACUGCGCAUCUAGCGCUGGCUCGCCAUCGUCGUUAUCCCCUGCAUCCAGAUGUGCAUGUAAAGGCAGCCCACAAAGCUCGACAACUCAUCGAUCUUGACUCAGUCCACACCAUUUUCGAUAUUGAAAUCGUCACCAUCACUGAUCCCAUCCCUCCAGCCCCAACUACCUUCCCUACCGUCGGCGAGACCGACGAAAAGAACACUUUGCCAAUCAUCGGCGCAAACCUUAAGGUCAAUCUCGACCCAAAUAACCUCAACAUCCUUCCUCACGCUACCACCACCAGACAACCCCCCAUCACGACCGACUCGCCUACCCCAUGGACCGCCAAACCGUCCAAUCAACAAUUCUCCACACAAGGCUUCGGCGCCCGCUCCGAUCCCUCCGGCACGGGGGUCCAAUACGCCGGUAAUGUCGGCGUCCCCUGGGGAAGCAAUAUAAUGGAAGUGGACGUCUCCACAGCCUGGCAAUACAAAUACGUGGCUCAAUUCCGCGGCAGCAACUCGCCUACCGCUGGGCCCUGGACGGUAGUUAUCUGGAACAAAAUCGGACGGGACGGUAAAAUGACAGGCUGGUACGGCCACUCUGCCGUGAACUUCACGUUGGGACCGCGCGAGACGCGAUACGUGGCAUUCGAUGGGAAUUCACAGGGCGCCUGGGGCGCUGCGAAGGGGGACUCGUUGCCUCGCGACCAGUUCGGCGGGUACUCGUGCACAUGGGGGGAGUUUGACUUCGGGGAUGAGAAGAAUGGUCUCUGGUCCGGGUGGGACGUCUCUGCGAUCCAAGCGCAGAAUGCAAGACAGACCGUGCAGGGGAUGAGCAUUUGUGCCCAUGAUGGGAGCAAGUGUUCGUCAAUCACGACAGGGGCUGCCGUUGUGGAGAAUGCGUAUACCAGCUCUGAGGCGACGGUGGAUGGGAUUGGAGGGGCGGUGCCGGAUGGACCGGUGAGAUUGGUUGUGCAGGUUGAUUAUAAUUGA